AUGCUUUACUUUAUUUUUAUAGCAAUUGCAUUAUCAAAGAAUGCAAAGAUGGAUAUCAAUUUAACAAUUGGGCUAGAUUUUUCAGACAAUUCCUAUUUAGAAUUCUAUGGCAAUUUUUCAAAUCACUAUAAUGAAUUGCAAUAGAAUGGAUGUAUAUUCGUUAUUUAUUGUGAUCAUAGUAAAAUUGAAUAUCGCCCAACACCUUUUACCUUGCUACAGUUGUUACACGCGUCAUCAAUUCAAGGAGUAAGAAAAACAUUGUUUAGGAGGAGGCCGAUAUUGCUGUAUUGCUUUAUAAAUAUAUAAUAGAGUAUUCUGAUUAUGUAUCUGGGUAGACAAUUUUGAAAGAAUUUUUACUUUAAUAGUGUAUUUUGGAAGUAUUACCAUAACAUUAUCUUAAAUAUACAAUAUACUUUGGAUAACAAUGUAAGAAAUCAUCAAUGGUUGCCUGUUCUAAGAAUUAUUUUACUAACAAUAACAUAUCAACUGAAGCAAUAAACAAAUGUAUUGAGGAUAGUUUCAAUCAAAGUAAUGAAGUAAAUUAGGAAAUCAAAACUAAUCGUAUAUUAGAAUAGUACAAAAAAAUGGAAUAUAAUUAAACAUCAUUUUCCUUGUACUUGGAUUCCUCAGAUUAAACUGAUAUACCAUAUAAUGAAUUCCUUUAAAAGUUGUGCUAAAAGUAUAUCAAUGUUUCAAUAUCAUUUUGUGAUCAUCCAGAUACACCUAUUAAAUAGGGUGAAAAUGCAAAUCCAUUGGAAUAAGUGUUUUUAUUCAUUUUUGCCUUGAUUAUUCUGAUAAUUGCUGGUUCUGGAGGAUGGACAUUAUUGAAUAAGAUUCAAUUUGGAUCAAGCCUAGUUCCUAAAAGGAGGAUAGCUAUUCCUAAAUUCGAAGGAGAUCACAUCAUCUAAGAGGAUGAAAUUUGA